AUGGACAUCUCCGUCGAGGACGAGCGGGACCCGGAGAAGAUGCGGCAGAUCUUGGCGCGCAUGACCCCGGGCGAGGAGGACCGCUUCGAGCACUACCGGCGGAGCCGCUUCAACCGCACGGGCAUCUCGCAGAUCAUGCGGCGUUCCCUCGCCGACGACGCGCGCGUCGACGAGAACAGCGCCGUCGUCGUCGCGGCGCUCGCGAAGAUGUUCGUCGGCGACCUCGUGUCGGCCGCGCGGACCACGCGGGCCGCGCGCGGCGGCGAGGAGGGCGAGCCCAUCGGCCCGGCGGAGUUCGCCGCCGCCGCGCGCACGCUCCAGCUCCAGGACCGGCCCGUCGUCGGCGACCACAAGCGGCCCCGGCUCAACGGGCCGCCGGCCAUGUCGUCCUGGCUGAGCUGCGUGGGCACGGAGUGCCUCAACUGCAACCUGACCGACGACCCCGACGAGAUGGACCCCUUCGACUCCCUGCGGCUCUACGCGCGCGUCCACCUCGGCGCGCCGGACCUCGACGACGGCGACGACGUCCCGACGGGCAACGUGCGGAACCUGACGGACGACGAGUUCAAGAGCGUGUUCAAGCACACCAUCGAGCGCCGGGGCUGGCCCGUGCUCAAGUACGGCAAGGGCAAGGCGCUGAAGCGCUGCCUCAAGGUCGAGGGCGCGGGCGACGACGCGCACCUGUCGUGGGGGUCCAAGAAGGAGGGCGCGGCGACGAAGCAGGUCAAGGUCGCCGAGAUCCACGACGUCGUCAACGCGGCCUUCGACGACGCGCCGCCGAACAUGGACCCGGCCUGCAUGCUCUGCUUCAACAUCUCCAACCGCGCUGGCCUCAAGAUCAUCGCCCACUCGAAGACGGACGCGACGGUCCUCAUCCACGGCUUCAAGCUCCUCACGGAGCCCAAGAACGCCGACAUCGACCAGAUCCGCGCCAAGGCCAUCAUGGUGUGA